CGGCGCGCGCCGAUGCCGUUCCCCGCCCGCACCGCCCCGGCCGCGCUCCCCCCCCCGCCGCAGCCGUUGCCGCCGCCGCCCCGGUCCCCUCAUGGCGCUGAAGCGGAUACAGAAAGAGCUAAGUGACCUGCAGCGAGACCCACCGGCCCACUGUUCUGCCGGACCUGUUGGAGAUGACUUGUUUCAUUGGCAAGCAACUAUUAUGGGACCUCCUGAUAGUGCAUAUCAAGGGGGAGUAUUUUUUCUCACAGUACACUUUCCAACAGACUAUCCUUUCAAACCACCAAAGAUUGCUUUUACAACAAAAAUAUAUCAUCCAAACAUAAACAGUAAUGGGAGUAUUUGUCUUGAUAUCCUGAGGUCUCAGUGGUCACCAGCUCUGACUGUAUCUAAAGUUUUAUUGUCCAUAUGCUCCUUACUUUGUGAUCCUAAUCCAGAUGAUCCUUUAGUACCGGAUAUUGCACAGAUCUACAAGUCAGACAAGGAAAAAUACAACAGACACGCAAGAGAAUGGACUCAGAAAUAUGCAAUGUAAACUUGUGAAGACUUUUUCAUAUACCACAGAGUACUGUAAAUUCUAGUUUUUUUUUCAAACUUAGAAGGAAAUGGAGCACAGUUUACUGUUUCAAUGUACCAUAAUGCCCCUUGAAUUUUUUAUUUUUUCACCCAUGUAAGUGUGUUUCUGGAGCAAGGGAAAACAAACUUCCAAAAGUAACCUUAGGACUGUGAUAAGAAUAUUUAUCCUCUUUGUAUGCUUUGCAGAAGACAUUUAUUAUGGUUUUUAAGAGUUGGACAUCUGCAUCUUCAAACUGUAAGAUCCAUAAUGCAGUUGUAAAGCAACCAAAUUAUUUUUGCUGGAAAAAAGUAGCUGUUUUUACGUGAUAAAUACUGUAUGUGUGUCCUUAAGAUAUGUUGUCCGUUUCAUAAGUGUGUUCAAAUUUCAUUUUGUUAGUUCACUUAUAUAAUAUGUAUUUUUAUUGUAUAGACUAAAUAUAUUUUAUUUGCCAUGUAAGUCAUUUCAUUUUAGACUUACUUUCUUGUGCACAGUAUUGACAAGAUACAACUGCUAGUAAUGAAAAUAAUUGGGAUAUCCUGCCCGUUAGGAUGUCCUAAUGACUGACUGCAGAUUUCUUAAAACCUAGAAUGAUCUUUGCACUGUAAUUCUUUGUACGCUGAUUAUGGAGAAACACUUGUUUUUGAUUCUGUUGCAUACUUGACUUAAUUUUAUUGCAAUGUGAACUAAUUGCACUGCUAUGUAGAAAGAUAUGUAACCUUUUUGUUGCUAUUCACAACUGAUUUUUGACAUGUGGGCAACAUAACACUCAGACCUUUUACAAAUCUAAAUGUAGCCUUUUCCAUAUAAAUAAAAUGCAUUUUCUACUA